GCGCCCCGCUCUCGGCCGGGGCCGCACAGUCGCGGCCGCUCGCGCCGGGGAGGACAUGCGCCGGGGCUCGGGGGCGCACCCUCCCGCCGCGCUCAGCCGCGCCCAGCGUCAGCAGGCGCUCUGAGCGGCCACUCCCGGGCCGCGGCCGCGCCGCCCUACGCCUCAGUGCCAGCCCGCAGCCCGAGCCCGCCGCUCUCCCACGGGCGCAGCCCCUCUGCCCGCGUCCCUCAUGGCCAAGCCCCUGCUGCUGGUCGUCUGCGGCGCUCUGGUGGUGGCCCGGGCCCAGUGGGGGGCCACCGUGACCCCCGCCGGCACGAGCGAGCCGCCGGACGCGCCGACGGUGGCGCCCACGGAGGACGAGACCCUGCAGAACGAGGCGGACAACCAGGAGAACGUUUUGUCGCAGUUGCUGGGAGACUAUGACAAGGUCAAGGCUGUGUCUGAGGGCUCAGACUGUCAGUGUAAGUGCGUGGUGAGACCCCUGGGCCGAGACGCCUGCCAGAGAGUCAACGAGGGGACCUCCAGGAAGGAAGACUUCUACACCGUGGAAACCAUCACCUCGGGCUCGUCCUGCAAAUGUGCCUGUGUCGCACCCCCGUCGGCCCUCAAUCCCUGUGAGGGAGACUUUCGGCUCCAGAAGCUGCGGGCGGCAGACAGCCGGGACUUGAAGCUUUCCACCAUCAUAGACAUGCUGGAAGGAGCCUUCUAUGGUCUGGAUCUCCUGAAGCUGCAUUCUGUCACCACCAAACUGGUUGGACGGAUGGAUAAACUGGAGGAGGACUUUGUGAAGAAGCGCCCCACCCCCGCGUGGCAGCAGGACACCUGUCAGUGCUCCCAGGAAGUUUCCAAAAACCUCACCAAGGAAAACGAGCAAACCAAAGAAGACAUGGAAGAAAUCCGAACAGAGAUGAACAAGCGGGGGAAAGAGAACUGCUCUAAGAGCCUCCUGGACAGCAUGCCGGACGUGCGCUCGGCCUUGCAGAGGGACGCGGCGGCCGCCUACACCCACCCCGAGUAUGAGGAGCGGUUUCUGCAGGAAGAAACCGUGUCCCAGCAGAUCAACUCCAUCGAGCUCCUGCAGACGCGGCCCCUGGCCCCGCCCGAGGUGGUGAGGCCACAGCGGCCCCUACAGAGGCAGGUCCCCCUGCGGGGCCGGCCGGCCUCCAAGCCCACCGUCAUCCGGGGCAUCACCUACUACAAGGCCAAGAUCCCAGAGGAGGAGAACAACAUCGAAGAGCAGCAAGACGAGUUUUUCAGUGGGGACAACGGAGUGGAUCUGCUGAUUGAAGAUCAGCUUCUGAGACACAACCACCUGCUGACCAGCGCCCCCCGGAGGCCGGUGGCCACCCACCAGGGCACCACCGGCACGACCCACAUGCAGACCUCGGCCCCGGCCUCGCCCUCCGAUCCCAGCUCCCCCGACCCCACCCUGUCCCCCUCAGCGACGCGGUUCCCAGACCCGCUCCAGACCUCCUCCGUGAUUCCGGGUCCCACGACGGGGGCAGGCCUGGAACCUUCCACUCAGGUACCAGCCACCACCGUGGCCCACACAGCCACCCAGCAGCCUCUGGCCUCGGCUUCCAUGCCAGGGGCCUCUGGGGACGCAUUUACCGAGGCUCCACCCACGGCCCUGGUGCCUCCCACCACAGUCCAGACGGACCCACUGGGGAGAGACACCGCCACAGGGCAGGGCGGGGCCUCCGCCAGCCCCACCCUGAGCCCGGAGGAGGAGGAUGACAUCCGGAAUGUCAUAGGAAGGUGCAAGGACACCCUGUCCACCAUCACGGGGCCGAUCACCCAGAACACGUACGGGCGGAACGAAGGGGCCUGGAUGAAGGACCCCCUGGCCAAGGAUGAGCGGAUUUACGUCACCAACUAUUACUAUGGCAACACGCUGGUGGAGUUCCGGAACUUGGAGAACUUCAAACAGGGUCGCUGGAGCAACUCCUACAAGCUGCCCUACAGCUGGAUCGGCACGGGUCACGUGGUAUACGGCGGCGCCUUCUACUACAACCGCGCCUUCACCCGCAACAUCAUCAAGUACGACCUGAAGCAGCGCUUCGUGGCCGCCUGGGCCAUGCUCCACGACGUGGCCUACGAGGAGGCCACGCCCUGGCGGUGGCAGGGCCACUCGGACGUGGACUUCGCCGUGGACGAGAACGGCCUGUGGCUCAUCUACCCGGCCCUGGACGAGGAGGGCUUCAGCCAGGAGGUGAUCGUGCUGAGCAAGCUCAACGCCGCGGACCUGAGCACGCAGAAGGAGACCACGUGGCGCACGGGGCUGCGGCGGCACUUGUACGGCAACUGCUUCGUCAUCUGCGGGGUGCUGUACGCCGUGGACAGCCACAACCAGCGCAACGCCAACAUCUCCUACGCCUUCGACACCCACACCAACACGCAGAUCGUGCCCCGGCUGCUGUUUGAGAACGAGUACUCGUACACCACCCAGAUAGACUACAACCCCAAGGACCGCCUGCUCUACGCCUGGGACAAUGGGCACCAGGUCACCUACCACGUCAUCUUCGCCUACUGACGCCCGUCCCCACGUGCGGAAGUGCAGAGGGGCCCGCGGCGCCUUGUGUGCGUGCGUGCGCGCGUGUGUGGGUGGGUGUGUGUUGUUUAAAAAAUAUAUAAUAUUUUGUAUAAUAUUGCAGUUGUAAAAUGACAGUUCGGGUCUAUUUUUUUUUAAGUGGAUUGUAGAUCAAUCCAUACACGUAUGUGCUGGUCUCAUCCUCCACGGUUUGUAUUUGUGUGCAAAUGAACUUCUCCUUCUGACCAGGAACCACCUUCCUUCAAACCCUCAGCCCCUCCAGCUCCCGGAUCUUGGCCGUUGGAAAGGUUUCUCCAUCCGGGUCUUGCAGGCCGAAGGCCCCAGGAGCAGGGGUGAAGGAGGCGAGAAAGAAGCGUUAAGGGGCGGGAAAAUUUUUAUGUAUUGGAGAAGUUUUAAAAACCCAGAAAAAUGCUUUUUUUUAAUAAAGAGGAAAUGUAAAACCAC